GGGGGCGUUGACGCAUUCCACCAUACGUACUGUGUUUACUUCCGUCAAUAUUUUCAGCAGGAGAGAGAAGAACCAGAGGCAGAAACGGUACAACAAAGGAGUGGCUCGCAAAUAAAGGUGUAUGGUGGUUAACCAUCCAGGUGUUUGGAGUGACAGCGACUCUCUCUGCGCACAGUCCCCAGCUUAAAGAUGCCUUUCUUGGGCCAAGACUGGAGGUCGCCAGGAUGGAUCUGGGAAAAGACAGAGGAGGGCUGGAAGAGGACUGUGUUCUUCGGACACGAGUUGGCAGACAACAACAAAGAGAUAGAACUGAAAGAGCUCUGCAACGAAAACCAUGAAAAUCUGCUUGUCGGAGACAUGUGCGAGCUCACCACCAAAAAGAGGAAGAAGGACCUGUACAACAAUAACACCAAAUCUCAGUUUGAUUUCAGGGAUAAAUGGAUCUACGUGCACAGGGGAAGCACAAAAGAGCGACAUGGAUACUGCACACUCGGUGAGGCCUUCAACCGCCUAGACUUUUCCAGUGCCAUUCAGGACUUGAGGAGGUUCAACUAUGUUGCAAAACUUUUCCAGCUAAUAGCUAAAUCCCAGCUGACGUCUUUGAGUGGAGCUGCCCAGAAAAACUACUUCAACAUACUGGAGAAGAUUGUACGGAAAGUCCUGGACGAACACUGCAAUCCACGCCUUAUCAAGGAGCUGCUGCAGGACCUGAGCUCGACGCUGCACAGCCUGACUGUGGGCAUGGGCAAGUCGGUCCUGGUGGGAAAUGACAACGUUUGGUUAUGCCGGCUGGAGACCAUCCUCAACUGGCAGCAGCAGCUCAGCAACCUGCAGUUCCCCAAGCAACUUUCCAACGGGGUGACAUUCAGCGACCUGCCUCUGCAGAUGCAGAACAAAAUACUCUACAAGUUCUCUGAUGCCUAUGACAUCAUCAACCUGGGACAGGCCACACCCACUCUGCAAGUCCUCAGUGAAGACAGGAAGUUGUGGAAGAAGCUUUGCCAGUUUCACUUCUCAGAGAAACAGCAGUUUCGUAGGAACUUGGUCUUGACUGAGAGCAACAACGUGGAUUGGAAGCUGAUGUACUUCACCUUGCAGAAGUAUUACCCCAAGAGGGAACAAUACGGAGACACACUGCACUUCUGCAAACACUGUAGCAUCCUCUUCUGGAAGGACUGUGGCCAUCCGUGCACAUCCAGCGAUCCAGACAACUGCCUCAUGCCCGUCUCCCCCCAGCACUUUAUCGACCUCUUCAAAUUCUAAUCUCCAUGUUGUUCUUCAAGAGAAGGACCCGUGUCCCCUCACUCCCAAGUGAAGUGUGUGUGUGAUGGUUUUGAUGUCUUUUCCCCAAUUACAAAGGGCUCCAGCUGAAAAGAAAGACUUUUUUCAUGUCGUUGUUCCUUCCGCACAAAUAUUUGUCUCCAUGACAUGAAGAAAGGCAACGCAAGAAAGGGGACAAAAAAAGAGCUUACAUGUUUAAUGAUUUUGAUAAUGUUGGUGAUGGGUAACAUGAUGUAAAACACUUUAUUAUGUUUUCGCUCCUUUCGCACAAACUCCUCAUGACAAGAAAAGGUCAUUUAUAACAGAGGAAAGAAAAAAUGUGUUACAUGAUUUCUGGCAUGCAGGUGAUGGGUAAAAUGUGUGUGGUGUUACUGGACUUGGGGCAAGGUGCACAUGUACAUCUUAGGAGAACAACUUGACUCGUUUGUUCACAGAUGACUCGGUGGAGGGGGUCUGUCUGUCGCUCUGUUUUGUUUAGGUGAUAUUUUUCUGCAGUAACCGAAUGCAUGUCAAGUGUCUGUUUACAUAUAUCGUCCUUUGUGAAUUCUUGCUGUGUUCUGUGUACAUCAAAGGCACACGAAAAGAAAAUAAUGUAAAAUUGCAUUUGCCGUACAACUUUUUACAGUAUACUUUUGUCAGGUCUGUCAAGUGGACAGAUAGAAGAAAUGUAAAAACCUUAUUUAUGGAAAAAAAAAAUAUUUUGUAUCCUUUCUUCAACUUUUGUAAUAUUCCUUUACCAUUCCAUGACCCUUGAUGGUACUUUCAUGACUUUUAUGGGACAGGAACUAGCUCUGUAACAAUUAAAUAUUUCUAAAAACCUG